CUUGCUUUCAAACCCAGUCGCUAUAUAAAGUUGACAUCCCCCAGCCCCCCGGGAGACACUUUACCCUAAAGGCGGACUGUCAUUCCGGACACUCGAGCAACAUGCCAGCCAAGCCUGUCAUCAAGAAGGCGCCGCUGAAGAAGGCGCCGGCGAAGAAGGCAGCGCCGGCACCUGCUCCGGAGCCUGCGCCCGAGCCCGCACCUGCCGAGGCUCCUCCGGCCGAAGCCCCUCCCGCGGAAGCCGCGCCCGCAGAAGCCGCUCCAGCCGAGGUUGCUCCCGCGGAAGCCGCUCCAGCCGCCGAGGAAGCUCCUGCAGCUGAUGCUGCUCCGCCGGCAGAAAGCGCUCCUCCCGCAGAAGCGGCUCCUGCCGACGCUGCUGCGGCUCCACCCCCUCCUACAGAACCAGCUCCUCCAGAAGCUGAUGCCGCUGCCGCUCCGGCUGCUGAAGAGGUCGCUGCUCCCGCGCCCGCGGAACCAGAGAAACCAGCUGACGUCCCCGAGGCUCCCUCUGCUGAAGCAGCCAGUGCCGCCCCGCCUGCCGUCCCCGCGCCAGAGGCACCGGCUGAAGCCGAGGCCGCCGCUGAACCCGCAGAAAAGCCUGCUGCUCCUGCUGCUGCAGAAGGCGAGACUCCAGCCGAGGCACCAGCUGCUGCUCCUGAAGUACCUGCUCCACCGGCCGCUGCUAAGGGCAAGGCACCAGCCAAGGCCGUAGCACCCGCUGCGAAGGAACCUGCUGCCGUUGUUGCGCCUGAGGCUUCGGCUGAGGCCGCUGCUGCUCCUGAAGUACCUGCUCCACCGGCCGCUGCUAAGGGCAAGGCGCCAGCCAAGGCCGUAGCGCCCGCUGCGGAGAAACCUGCUGCCGUUGCCGCGCCUGAGGCUCCAGCUGAGGCCGCUGCUGCUCCUGAAGCACCUGCUCCACCGGCCGCUGGUAAGGGCAAGGCACCGGCCAAGGGUAAGGGAAAGGCACCAGCCGCUGCUAAGACCAAGGCACCAGCCAAGGGCAAGGCACCAGCCAAGGCCGUAGCGCCCGCUGCUGAGGAACCUGCUGCCGUUGCCGCACCCGAGGCUCCAGCUGAGGCCGCUGACGCUGCUGCCGCUGCUGCUCCUGCUGCUCAGCCCCCCGCUGAGGAUGCCGCUGCCCCUGCCGCCCCGGAAGCCCCAGCUGAUGGUAAAACAUCUGCAGCUGCUGCCGCACCGCCAGCCGAAGAGCCCAAAGCGCCUACGCCGCCACCUCCGGAACCGGAAGUGCCCACCAGCGAGCCUCUUAAUGUGUCUGUGGAGGAUGUCAACGAUACCUCAGUCACGAUCAAAUGGAGACCCCCGGAGAAAAUUGGCUCCGGCCUUGAUGGAUACGUAGUGGAGUACUGCAAAGACCAAACGACUGACUGGAUUGUUGCAAACGCUGAGCCCACACCAGCCAACCGCUUGGUGAUCAAAGACAUGGCCACCGGGGACCUCCUGCACAUCCGCGUAGUUACAGUCAACCCAGGAGGCCGCAGUGCCCCUGGGGCCCUAGCUGAGCCCGUGAUUGUGCGCGAAGUUGUGGAUCGCCCCAAGAUCCACCUGCCUCGCGUCCUGAAAUCGAGGCUCGUCAAGAAGGUCGGCGAAAAGGUCAACCUUGUCAUCCCCUUUUCUGGCAAACCAAAACCAGUGGUGAGCUGGACCAAGGACGGCCAGGCUCUGGACCCCAAGACCAUGAACAUCCGCAACAGCGACAAGGACAGCAUUCUAUUCAUCCGGCAGGUGGAGAGGAGCCACUCGGGCAAGUACGAGAUGUCCGUGAAGGUCGACAGCUUCGAGGACAAGGCCGCCAUCAUCCUACAGAUUGUCGAACUUCCAGGUCCCCCGACCAGCAUUAAGCUUGCGGACACCUGGGGCUUCAACGUGGCACUGGAAUGGACCCCACCCCAGGACAGUGGCAACACCGAAAUCACGGGGUACACCGUCCAGAAGGCGGACAAGAAAACCGGGGACUGGUUCACGGUGCUGGAGCACUUCCACCGACUCAACGGCACCGUCUCCGACCUCGUCAUGGGCAACACUUACUCCUUCAGAGUCUUCGCCGAGAACAAGGUCGGCCGCGGAGAGGAAGCAGCCGUCACCAAGGAGACGGCGCAGAUCCUGAAGCAGGGAAUACACUAUCAACCUGUCGAUUACAAGGAGCAUGACUUCACUGAAGCCCCCAAGUUCACCACUCCGCUGAGUGACAGAGCAGCCACCGUGGGCUACACCACCAAGCUCCUGUGUGCCGUCAGGGGCUAUCCAAAGCCCAAGGUCGAGUGGAUGAAGAACUCUAUGAUCAUCGGCGAGGACCCCAAGUACAGGAUGAUCAACAGCCAGGGGAUCUGCACCCUGGAGAUCCGCAAGCCCUCCUGCUUCGACGGCGGCGUGUACACCUGCCGGGCGAAGAACUCCAUCGGGGAGGCCGCCGUGGCCUGCAAGCUGGAGGUCAAACAGGUUGUGAACCCAGCAGCCGAAAAGAAGGAGUAGAAGACCCGCACGCCCACAGCUGAGCAAAUCCUGGAUGUCCAGACGUGUAGUGUUUGAAAGCGAUGGCUGAGAGGAGUCAUGUAUAUAGAAGAAGAUGACCUUGCAAGAUUUGACGUUCCCAUGAAUUUGCUGUAUCCAUCUAGCUACCUUAUUGCCUCCUAACGUUCGGGAGAGCGUUGUAGAUAAAGCGUCUAACUGUGCCAGAAAUGGGUCAGAUGCAGCAGCGGUUUAUGUGGUAGAACUUGUAUUUCUUUUUCUGUGUUUUCCGAUUGUCCUACAUUGCCACUUUGAACAGGUCCACCCUCAGUAAGUGGGUGAGCACGCAGGAGUGUGAUGUGUACUAUCUGUAUGAAAGACACGGUGUCCUUGUCUUGCAAUAAAUAUUGUGGUUUAAAUCCCA